AUUUUAUUAUAUCGACGCCAUACUUUGGGAAGAGGGAACUAGUCUAAACAAAAAUGCGUAUAAUUACUGUUAGCAAAGGUUUAUGGAAGAAUUGUUGAAGAUGCAUCCUAAAUCGCAGUUCUAGAUGGUCAAUAAGUAGCGAGUGGAUGAAACAACUGAUCGGCCAAGAUGAUUUUUAUCGACAAUAACAAUGUUAAGUAUGAGGUCUGCGAGAUCACAGUAUCAGACACCAAUAAGAUUGAAUUUACACUGGAAAAUGAGACGAACAAGAGAGUGGUGGAGCAGAUUCCGCAGAGAUUUACACCACUACAACCAGAUCCCGUCACAGUCUCACAAACAGAAAUCACCCCAGUUCAGCCAGGGGAACACCGUAAAUGUACAAUGUGCGAGAAACGUUUCACGGAUACUGAGUCACUUGAGAAGCACAUGGGGUUACAUACUUUCGGCAGGGAGCACAACUGUGAGAUUUGUGGGAAGUCGUUCAGUGCUAAAUCUUUUUUGAAAGUACACAUGAUGGUUCACACUGGAGAGAGGCCGUUUGUGUGCGAGAUCUGCCAGAAAGGAUUUUCCCGAAUAUCCAACCUGAAGGCACAUAGACUGACCCACACUAAUGAAAAACCUUUCAAAUGUGAUUUCUGCGAUAAAGUUUUCACUCAUCCUUCCAACAUGAAAAAGCAUAUGAAGUCACAGCACACAGAAGGCAGACCUUACAAAUGUGAAUAUUGUGAUAAAAGUUACAAGCUUUCCAAACAUCUAAGAAGGCACAUAACUACUCAUGAUCCAGAGAGCAAAAAUAUCAAGUACGCCUGUUCCAUUUGUAAUAAAGAAUUUUCUUCAUUUAGAAAUGCACUAAGACACAAACAACAGAAACAUCAGUCGCCAUCUUCAACUGAAGUUCAUGAAAAUGUGGUGCCAACUUUAGUGUGUGAAGAAAUCAUAGCUGAUGAAAAUGAAAUUUUGCCCGGGAAGAGAGAAACAGUACAUAUAAUUCCUUAUCAAAGUUCUCAGAACGAAAUCACUGUUCCAUCAGAUCUUUUACCCAGAGUGCCAGGUAUUACAAAGAUUAAAUGUGUUCACUGCACUAAGAGAUUUUCUAAUCAGACUGACUUGGACAAACACAUGACUCUGCAUACAGGAGAAAGACCCCACAAAUGUCCAGUUUGUAAGAAAGGCUUCAAUGCUAAAUCAUUUCUUAAGGUGCACAUGUUGACACACACGGAUGAGAAGCCAUUCAAGUGCGAUGUGUGUGGGAAAGGAUUCAAUCGUCCCUCCAACCUGAAAGCUCAUAGGAUCACUCAUGAUAACCCAAAGCCUUACUCCUGUCACAUCUGUAACAAGAUGUUCUCACAUCCAUCUAAUGUCACCAAACAUAUUACAGUUCACACAAAUGAGAGACCUUAUCAGUGUGAAUACUGCCAAAAAUGUUUCAGACAAUCCAAACAUCUAACAAGGCACAUGCUAAUUCACACAUCGGCACCGGGAUCGUUGCGCUGUUCUAGAUGCGAGAAAAGAUUCCUAGAUGAAAACGAGUUUCUGCAGCACAAGAAAGAACAUGAGGAGAAGAAACAGUUCCAGUGUGAAGUCUGCGAGAGAAUUUUUUUCCGCUCAUCUCAUUUAAAACGACAUUUAAUGACUCACAGCACCGGCAGGGUUAACACGUGCGACUAUUGUGGCAAACCAUUCAACUCCAUGGCAAACCUCCGGCGACACCUGAUGAUAAAUCACCAGAAAGAUACCAAACAUCAGUGUCAGGUUUGCGGACAAAUGAUUUUGCAGCCGUCUCAUCUCUCAAAGCAUGCACGUGAACACCAGUGCGCUAUGGUUGCUGGGAAGGAGGGGGAAAUUAUUUUUCAGGAGGAAACUGGACAUACUGAGCAAGCAUUUAAAUGUUACAUCUGCAAAAAGAUAUUUAAGGAACAUGGUCUUCUGAAAAAGCACCUCCAGGUUCACAGUAAUAAGGUCCUCUACAAAUGUGGUGCUUGUGAGAAAAUUUAUCCUACAAUGAUGGCCCUGAAAAAGCAUAUGGUAAUCCAUGGGGAGGGUCCUUUUAAGUGUUAUAUGUGUGCAAUAGAAUUUGAACAAUACUCUGACUUCAGGGAGCAUCAGAAUAAACAUCAGAUAUCCGCAGACGAGAAGAGAUAUCCUUGUGAUAUCUGUGGGAAACGGUUCAAAUAUCGCUUGUCUGCAAGAAAGCACAAAGAAUUUCAUGAGGCGGAGGAAGAUAACUCCCCCAUGUUUCAAUGUGACAUUUGCUCCAAGAGGUUUCGCCAUGUUUCUUCCCUUUCAAGACAUAGAAAAUCCCAUGAAUUGAACCAGUUUGGGGGAAACGAAGGCAUGUCUCAAACAAUACGUUACGUUCUAGACCACAGUGCCCCAGCUUCCAAUGAAUUGGAGUUACCAGGACAUGACCAAACAGUACAGCUGGUACAGAAUAAUGAAGUGACCGGAGAUGUAGCAGAGAUUGAAAUCCCUGGCAAUGCAGUUCCAUACAUCACUGAGGUAGAGGGACAGCAAAUAUUACACAUAACAAUCAAUGACCUAGAUGAAAAAAUAUCAGAACUAGUCCAGUCAGUGCAAGUUAUUUCUUAUGAUGAAAAUACAAAAAGUUCCGUUAAUGGCAACCCUGGAAGUGUAGCAAAUAGAAACUCUAAAGCAAAUUUACAAGUUUCUGCAGCUGAAGCAGUUAAAAGUGGUAAUUAUCAAAUUGUUGCAAGUCAUGGUGGACAAAAUGAAUAUCAGAUCAUUGAAACUGACAGAAAUGGAAUUCCAGAAGUAUUAGUAGUGGCAGCUGAUAAAAGUCAGGAGGGCAAUCCAACCACCAGCAAGGCUGUAGAGGUGCUCCAUGUUACAGAAACCCCAGUCAAUGCUGGAUCACAGGCAACAUAUCAGGUUGUUGCUUCCAACAUUCCUAAAAAUGCAGCAACAAAUGUUGCUGCUUCAGCAACAGGGUCAGUGAAAGGCGGGAUAGCAACAAAUGUAGCAAAUGAUAAUGCUCAAACCGUCACAGAAGUGCAGCUAAUAAGAGAGCAACCAGGUACCACAGUGAUGGUAGACUUUGACGAAGGAAGCACAGUUGAUAAGGAGUCGAGUGACAGCAUUUCUGUGGAAGUAUCCGGUGAAGAAUCAGGCAAGCAGUAUAUCCAGGUUACCCCAGAAUUACUCAAAAAACUGAAGUCAGGGAAGGCUUCAAAUGACGAAGUGGUGAUUCAAACUGAAGAAACUUCCAACAUCAUUUCCCAAAGCCCACGGACAUCAGUUGAGAAUUUUAAAAUCUUGUACACUGAUUCAUUAGGGAGUCGUGGUUCUGAUGAUCAGGGACUCAUCGAACUUGCAGAGAGAGCUGUCAAUUCCAGUUUGAUGGAAGAAUCUGUACAGCUUGCAGAGACCGUUGUUAUUUCUGAACCACCCUCCCGAGUUCCCGACACUGACCAUUCCUAUGUUAACGUAGCCGACAAAGACAUUACCUCUGGUAUAGAUAUAGUUUACUUCUAAGCCAAGAUUAUAAGAACACUGUUUAUUAAGGAAGGGUGGGGGACUACCACACACUGCAAAUUUUGGGGAACUGAAUUUGUAACAUUUUAUAUGUGUAGGUCAAUUUUUUUUUUUGGUAGUUUUAAUUUAUCAUCAAAAUUGGGGAAAAAGAUCAGUGUGAAUAUGAUCAUAUAAUAUAUUUUAUCAUGAAAUGAUAUUAGUUAUAGAUAUCAAAGAAGUUAUAAUUUUCUACAAAUCUGCUCAGCUUCUACUAUGAAUUAGUUAACCAACUGACAUUUGUUUCCUAUAUUCCCUGUACUGUUUUGUCCUACAAGGUCAUAAAAUGCCACUCAAAUCUGCAUUCACAUACUGAUGCAUGGUAUUUCAUGUACAAAUGUAUUAGUAUUUUGACCCAUUACUACAAAGUACAACUGAAACUUUCCUUUUCAUUUACCGUCUACAAUUGAUAAUAUGAUACAAUAAUUAAUUGAUGUAAAGGUGAUGGUUUACAUAAAAACCUGAAACAUACAGGGUAUUCUAAAUUGGUAUACAUUAAUAAAUGCACUUUUUUAAAAAAUAUGAACUGGUGUAUAAUAACUUUCACCUGAAUUGUUAAGUAUUUUGACUCUCUCCUUGUUAAGAAAGACAGUUGACAUGGUCAUUAUUUGGCAUUAUACGUGUAUUUUACGAGAAAUCUUCAUGUGUUUCUUCAAUUAUUCCUUGUUUUUCUUCAGUGCCUUUUAAAACUUAUAAUAAACUGUCCAUAUAAACUACA